GUUGCGCAGAAGCCCAGAGGCUGCAGAACCCGGCCCCAGGCACCCUGGGCACUCUGCCCCGCCGGCGGCGCCUCUCACUGCCCGCGGAAUGUUCUGGAAGUUUGGGAAACCCUGAGCAGUCUCUGAGGACCUGAUUGUUCGUUACAAGCUAGGUUGAUCACAGACAGAUGGCUGAAAGUGGAAAAGAAAAAAUAAAAUGGACAACCACCAUUGUUAUUAGCUCAUCUCUUAAGGGUUAUGAAGUUGCAACUGCCCUAGAAAAUCGAAGCCACAAAGUUCGAUAUUCAGAUUCAGUGGAAAAUGGAUCAAUUAUAUUUUCUCUUUCUGGAGUUGCAUUUUUAUUAAUGGAUACUAAGGAAUGUCUUCUGUCAACUGAAGAAAUAUUUCUAGCCAAAAUUGAGAAAUUUAUUAACAUUCACCAAAAUAGUUUUUUGGUUUUGUCUGCUGCCCUCCAUGGGCCUGAAGAAUGGAAACUGAUGUUCAGGAUUCAGCAGAGAUUCCUGGGUUGUAACUUACGAAUACUUCCAGUACAUAACACAGUAAAUGCUGUUAAUCUUAUGUGCACUAUAGCAAAGACUACCUCCAAACCAUACAUAGAUAGCAUUUGCUACAGAAUGAUAACAGCUAAAGCUUACAUCAUUGAGCAAAGUCCUGUUUGGAAAACACUUCAGAAGAUAAAACUGAAUAGUGAUUCAGUUAACCCAAAUUAGAGUACCAACUUAAUGUUCUUCUCGAAGAAUGUGAAAAUAAUUAGACCUGUUGAAUUAUAAUAUUCAAAUAUCUAUUUAAAGACAUUUAUAUUAAUUUGAAAUAAUAUGUAUACAAUUAAAAGUGAUUUUAUUUUAGGAGUUUUGCUGCGAGAUUUAACGCUGUUUAGCAAAGGAUUGGUACAUAUAUCAUAAAACUCAGGUGUGGCUUCUUAGUUAGAUGGACAAAUCUUUAGUAGGAAAUAAAAAUCAGAAUUUUCUAAUCAGUUUCUUAAAGUCAUGUAUACUUUUUAGUUUUUUUCUAUAAA